AUGCCCGACUGCGCUGCCUUUGAUGCUGCCACAACCAGCCUCGGCGGGAGUCCAGCGCGGGACAAGCGGCCACUAGCUGUCGAGACGGCCAUGCGGGAGGCCAGCGCAGCAGCAACCAACGCGGUUGUGGCAUUCGAGGCGGCCGACGGAGUCGAAGGUGACGGCACGGACGCGAGGGCCAUGAGCAGCACCACGAGGGCCUGGAGGGGAGAAGAAUCCUAUAAAAACCACCGCCAGCGCCGCGAACCACACCGCACCACACACACACCUCUGGAGCAAUUGGCUGUAGCUGCCUGCAAUAGAGCAGUGGCCUCUCAGCACCGCCAGCACCAGCAGCAGCAGCGACGGCGAGAGGGCGGCGGCAGUCGGACCGCCGGCGAGGGAGCUGCCAUCAUCAUCAUGCAAGGGGACCAUGCGGAGAAGAAGGGGAAGGUGAAGAAGGGGUGGCUGGCGGUGCGCGUCGGCCAGGCGGAGCAGCAGGGCGACGGGUACCGUCGGUUCGUCAUCCCCAUCGCCUACCUCUACCACCCGCUCUUCCAGCGGCUCCUGGAGGCGGCCCGGGACACGUACGGCUACGACUCGGCCGGCCCGCUCCGGCUGCCCUGCUCCGUCGACGAGUUCCUCCGCCUGCGCGCGCUCGUCGACCGGGAGACGGCGCACUCCCACUCCUCCUCCUCGCACCGCGUGCACGUCCACGCCGGCGGCCACCAGCAGCACGGCUACUCCUUCGCCCCGUGCACCCGCGCCAGGGUCACCUCCUGAUCGACCGGCCGAUCAUCGAGCCCCGGCGGCCCUCCGUGCGUGCGUGCGUGCGCGCGCGCAUGGCGGAUGUGCGCACCGGAGCGCGCGAGAGCGCGGGGAGGAGUCCAUCUGUCCACCGGAGACGACGGAUCAUGUACACUGCACGUAGUACAUAGAGACGCAGAGAGAUACGGAGAUGCAUGAGAGGCGGUAGGUGAUUAGCUAGUCUGGGAUCCAUAUUGCUUACGAUUUCGGCCUUGUUUUUCUUCUGAUUCUUGCACAUGCGUGUGUACUGGAGUAGUAGAUUAAUUAGAAGUCCCGAUGUAUAAUUAUUAACAGUUGAUUGCAUCACAGUCGUCGCAGCCCGGUUUACAUA